AAGAGCAGAACGCGUUGGCUGAGAGACCAGUUCAUGGUCAGCAACCAGCUGUGUCGUGAGUGCAGUGUUCAGUUCAACAGUCUGCAGCCAGAACAGGACCGCGUGGGGGUGAAGAGCGGGUCAGUGGGUGCAUCUGCGGGGUACGGCGAGAAUACAGACGUGAGGCGUUCUGUGAGUCGCUCGCCCAGGAGGAGGCCUGAGUGCUACUUCAAGGAGUCAAGGAGCUACACCGUGUGCUAUUGCUCACCGCGUUUCUUUGGAUGCGCUGCUCGUCCGCAGACAGAAGCAGCAACACCCGAAGGUCCUGAGAUGGAGUCGUGGCUACUAGACGUGAAGAGGGUCCGCAUUCCGCGUCCCAAGUUUGCAUCGGCUCGCCACGGAGGCGGUGGCUACCCCACAGAACCGCCCAAGGAUUACAGCGUUGGGAGCAUGGAUGACUCACGGGACGAUAAGAGCAAAAGGGGGGACUACACGUCCCGGGAACUCACGAAGGCGACUGAGGAACUGAGGCGUGCCGUCCAGGAGAAGCUCUAGCAAAUGGAAGCAUCCCCGCGGAGCCUGUAGCCAAUGGCUGCCUUUCCCGCAAACAUUCUAGCCAACGGCUAUCUUUGCCGCGGAAAUAACGUCAAGUUCUAGCAAACAGCUGUCCUUGCCGUGAAGAUUGUGCCAGUUUCCAUCCAACGGCCGUUUUCCUUAUGCAAAUGCAUAUGUGGUUCUAUAGAAUUCUGCAUUUUUCGCGGAUGAAAAAAGUGCGACCGCCCUUUCCAGUGAGAAUCGUUCUCAAUGUCAGAAGUGCGAGUCUCUAUCCAGUGACUACAUUUCCUGUACGGGAUUCUAGCCAGUGGCUGCACUUCUCCAUGUAUCCGCAUAAGCGGUGACUUCCCAAUAGCGCCAGUGCAAAAUCAUAUCCAAUAAAUCAGUAAAGACAGUACUACGGUACAAUAUAAACAUUUCUUCAAGAGGUGAAUAUUCUGCCAUGGCAUUCAGGUAUCGAUCCUAGGAUAUCUGGAGCUGCUCCACGAAUGCAAUAAAGCACGGUGUUACACGCAGUA